AGAGCGCUGGCAAGUAGGCGGACAUGAUUUGCUUUUAGUGUGUCAGUCGCAUCCAACGGAUUCACACAACGCAACAUUUGAUUUAACUUUAAAAUACUUCAAAACGGUGGUUUCCAUCCAUUCAGAGGAGGGAGUAUGAGGGAGGCUUCCCUGACAGAACCUAAACAUCUGCACAGAUAGAACACUCCACCAACACCAUUGAACAGAGGAAAAAGAGAGAGAGAAAGAGAAGACGCCAAGAUGAGAACGGUCUUGCUGGUCCCUCUGUGGACCACGGUGGCCCUGGCCCUAGUACUGUCUGUGCCUGUGCAGACCAUGUCUCUCGUCAGCCAACCAGAGACUGAUGCCAAGCCAGCGACUGGAGGGCUGGAGGUAGCAGGGGACCGCGUGGGGCCAGUCCCCCAGAAUGAUGAGCGCUUCAGCGAGCUUCAAGCUCUGAAGCGUGUCCGACGAGGCUGGAUGUGGAACCAGUUCUUCCUCCAGGAGGAGUACACAGGAAGUGAUCACCAGUAUAUUGGCAAGCUCCAGUCAGACAUGGACCGGGGUGACGGCGGUGUCAAGUACAUCCUGUCUGGUGAGGGCGCGGGCUCUUUGUUCGUCAUUGACGAGAAAAACGGCGACCUGCACGCCACCAAGAAGCUGGACAGGGAGGAGAAGGCCUUCUACACCCUCCGGGCAACUGUGGUGAACAGGAGCACAGGUCACAAGCUGGAACCGGAGACAGAGUUUGUCGUCAAGCUCCACGACAUCAACGACAAUGAGCCUAAAUUCGCUAAGGAGGUCUACACCGGAACAGUACCAGAGAGGUCCAACAUUGGCACGUCAGUAAUCCAGGUGACCGCCACUGAUGCUGAUGACAGCAUGUACGGAAACAGCGCCAAGCUGGUGUACAGCAUCAGCCAAGGACACCCUUACUUCUCUGUCGAUCUCACCACAGGCGUGAUCAGGACAGCCUUGGGUCCUGAUGACAUGGACCGGGAGCAGCGCGAGCACUACCAGGUGGUGAUCGAGGCCAAGGACAUGGCCGGCCAGAGGGGCGGCUUGACCGGAUCCACGGUGAUCAACAUCACUCUGACCGAUGUCAACGAUAACCCACCACGCUUCACACAGAGCAUAUACCAGUUCAGCGUUCCUGAGUCGAUGAGGGCAGGGACUCCCGUGGGGAGAAUCCGAGCCACAGAUAAAGACAUCGGCAGCAAUGCCGAGAUGGACUACACCGUAGUCAGCGGCGACGGCAUCGACGUGUUCGACAUCAGCACAGACAAAGACACACAAGAAGGAGUCAUCGCUGUUGUCAAGCCCCUAGACUACGAGAGGAAGCGCUCGUACACGCUGGAGAUCCAGGUGCAGAACACGCAGCUGGACUCGCGCUUCCUGUCCGUGGGCACCAAGGACAUGGCGACGGUGCGCGUCAGCGUGGAGGACGUGGACGAGCCGCCGCUGUUUGAGCGGGCCAGCUACAUGAUGGAGGUGAAGGAGGACGCCGCCGUGGGCAUGGCCCUGGGCUCGGUCAGCGCCGUGGACCCGGACGCCUACCGCAGCCCAGUCAGGUAUUCGAUCGACAGGCGCACAGACCUGGACCGGGUCUUCAACGUCCACCCGGGGAACGGCUCCGUGUUCCUGCUCAGGUCUCUAGACCGAGAGGAGGCGGCCUGGCACAACAUAUCCCUCAUCGCAACAGAGUUCAACAACCCCCGCCAGACCAGCCGGGUCCCUGUGUACGUGCGCGUGCUGGAUGUCAAUGACAACGCGCCCGUCUUUCCCACCAUCUACGAGACAUUCGUCUGCGAGAGGACCAAACCCGGCCAGAAGAUCCAGACGGUGAGCGCUGUGGAUGCCGACGAGCCCCAGAGUGGGAACAAGUUCUUCUUCAGCCUGUCCCCAGAGGCUAACUACCGCAGCAACUUCACCGUCAGAGACAACGGAGAUAACACAGCAGGAAUACUCACACGGAGAGGGAGCUACAGCCGCCUCGCCCAGAGCAUCUACCACGUUCCCGUGGUGAUGACGGACGGUGACUACCCGAUGCAGAGCAGCACGGGCACGCUCACGGUGCGCGUGUGCACGUGUGACCGCGAGGGCAACAUGGAGCUGUGUAAUGCAGAGGCCCUGACCAGCUCAGCUGGCCUCAGCACCGGAGCCCUCAUCGCCAUCCUGCUCUGUGUCAUCAUACUGCUAAUGAUCGUGGUGCUGUUCGCAGCCCUGAAGCGCCAGAGGAAACAGGAGCCGCUGAUCAUCUCCAAGGAGGACGUGAGGGACAACGUGGUCAGCUACAACGACGAGGGCGGCGGAGAGGAGGACACGCAGGCCUUCGACAUCGGCGCCCUGCGCCACCCCGACGCCGUGGAGGAGACCAAGCAGCGUCGCGACAUCAUCCCCACCGACACGCUCCUGUACCCGCCCCUGCGACGCCACGCCGCCACGCUCGCCGUCCCCACGCAACGGGACAACGCCGACGUCAGGGACUUUAUAAACCAGAGGGUUCUGGACAACGACAGUAACCCCACGGCCCCGCCCUACGACUCCCUCGCCACCUACGCCUACGAGGGGGCGGGCUCUGUGGCGGAGUCGUUGAGCUCAUUAGGCUCCUCCUCCUCCGAGGGUGACCAGGACUAUAAUUACCUCAGCGACUGGGGGCCGCGCUUCAGGAAACUGGCAGACAUGUACGGGGCAGAGGACAGCGACCGAGACUCCUAGCUAAUGCAGUUCCAGUACAACACUCAUACACACACAGACACACACACUUAAAACACCUACAUACACUCUGCAGACAUAGUGACUCUGGACAGGCUGAAGAGGAGGAUUAAGUCAGCCGAGUAUUUUUUUUACUAAGUGCCCUUCUGUUGCCCUGGAAACUGACGGCCAUUGUCUUUGAUGUCCGAUACGUUGGGUGUUUUCAGUUUUUUUACUCUUUGUGCUAAACAGUCUUCAUAGACAAAGUGAUUCUCACUUGGAAGUUCUGGGUUACAGAAAAAAAACUUUUGGAUUUAUAUCGUUUUCUGUUCUCCCAGUAAAUUGCAUUGAGAUGAAAAAAAAAUAUUUGUUUCUCAGUGCUUUAUGUCACUGUCAGUAUUUUGCCAGAUUGCUAACAUUUGAUGUGGAUUUAAUAGACAUUGUGACACUGAUUCAGUAUUGUGAGAACAAUAUGUUGCUGGGCUUCACGUUUGCUUAAAAAAUCUUGAGAGACACUUCUUAUGCAACAGUGCUUAGUUUAGGCUGUAUUACAGUAGCCCACGGAUUCUGCAACACUCCUUUCUUCAACCCCCCAAACUUUUAGAGCACAACUGCAACAUGUCAAACCUUUUGAAAGAAGUAGUUAAAAAGAGAAGACAGUACUGUGCAUAACCAACAAAUUACUAUUACUGACCCCAAGUGUUUACAGGAAAUCAAGGAAUGCAGUAUCCAACAAAUACCUUGUAUAGCUUUUAAA